UGCGUGGGAGACAGAGAGAGCACAGAUUGCACGUGCCAGCAGCACUGUAUCGUUGAUAUAACAGCGUUCUCUCCCCGUGUGCACCAGCUUUCGGUGAGCGUCGUACGACGGGGACGGAACUCACUGCCUAAACGAGAAUCGACCACAUAAUGGGGCAGUGAUGGCGGCCACGGAGUGUUACAUCGUCCACGAGAUCUACAACGGCGAGAAUGCACAGGAGCAGUUUGAGUAUGAGCUGGAACAGGCUCUGGAGGCGCAGUACCGUUACAUCGUGAUCGAGCCCACGCGCAUCGGAGACGAAACAGCCCGCUGGGUGGCCGUCGGAAACUGCCUGCACAAAACAGCCGUACUGGCGGGGGCUGCGUGCCUCCUCACGCCGCUUGCUCUUCCCGCCGACUACUCCCGUUACGUGGCACUGCCGGCUGGUGCACUAAGCCUGGCCUGCGCCACGCUCUACGGCAUCUCCUGGCAGUUCGACCCCUGCUGUAAAUACCAGGUGGAGUAUGACAGUCAGAAGCUCUCACGGCUGCCCCUGCACACGCUCACCUCCUCCACGCCAGUGGUUCUGGUUCGACGGGACGACGUGCACAGAAAGAGACUGCACAACACGAUAGCGUUGGCGGCCCUGGCGUACUGUGCCAAGAAGAUCUAUGAACUGUACGCUGUAUGAGAGCAAUGGCACACACACAUGCAUAUAGAUACUGAUAUAUGCAUGCACACACACACACGGCAGGGAGGUGAGAAGCACUACUAAACAUCCAACACUGGCAGAUACACACAUACUCCAACAUACACACCAGAUCACAACAAUAACGUGGAUGGACCGAUGGAGAGAGUGAUUGAAACAAAAGCAGUGGCAAGAAACAAGCAGUGCUCUCUCUGUCACUAUUUUUCAUCAUUUUGCUUCAGCUGGUUAAAGAUUGGACAGGCGGACCGAUUGAUUGAUGGAUGGGAGGGUGUAAGAGAGGAAGGGUUGGGGGGUAGCUCUUAGUUACUAGAAGAAAGAUUCUUUCCCUUUUUCUGUACUUUAAAGUGAUCUCACCAUUGCACUUGAUUUGCCCCCUUCCCUGUGCCUAUCCAGCCCCUUCCCUCCCCCACUGUCACCUGCCACUCACACGGAGCCUUCGCACCUGGGACUAAAUGUGUGGUGGACAGACAGACAUGUUUUAAAAAUGACCUUUGAAUCCUCUCUUUUCUCCCUCUGUGUAGUUUUACUGUACUCUGCCUUUGGUGCGUCACCUUUUCAUUAAAGAGUAGGAGAUUUAACCGCAAUGGCAUCUCUGAUGACCUCUGAUCCUUUCUUACAAAUCAUCUGAGUAGUAGCUGUCAUGCACAUGUCACAGUCAGAUGUAUUUACAAUCUUUAAUUAUGCUUCAGUCCAUAACUUUGGAUCAAAAUCCAAAUCUCAAUUCAUACAAAGUUAUGGACUGAUGCAUAAUUAACCAAAGCUUGUAAAUACAUCUGACUGUGAAGUAAAUCUCAUUUGCAAAACAAUUUGCAAACAAACCAAUUUAAUUAAAUAAAAUAGUAAUAUAAAGUCCUCAUUGGUUAAUAGAUAAUUUUAAUAGUAACUAAUUGUUAAUUAAAUAUCUAUUUGGAAGAUAAGAAGUUUUGAAAAAUAUUGUUAAAUAAUGUUUACACCUUUACUGUUUACCAUGUUUUUAUGAUUGCACACUGACCGAUGGAUAUACAGUCCCUCAACUUAGAUAAAAAGCUUGAACAGUGAUUCAUCUAUAGCUGUGUCUCGUUUUGAAGGCUGCAUGCUAGGUAGGAUGCAUCCUUUAAAGGCUGCAGUAUAACGAGCGUCCUUUAAAAAAGGCUUGUUUAAAUGAGACUGCUUUUGUAGUACAAACGGAAUGUAACAUGGUUGCUAUGACAGCACACCACUUUAACAAGCGCGAGCGAUUUGAGUGAGAAGGGAACAAAGUUCCUUUAGAAGGGAAUGUAUGAGGUACAUUUUAGGAGAGUUAUAAACAUGUAAAGAGAAAAGAAAAUAGAUUUUACAGGUGUACUUUUAGUCUAAUACUCUAUUUUAAUUAUAUAUUAAUAUAAUUAUACAUAUUAUAUACUCUGCACCCAUCUACUGAGGUACUUCAACGUGGGAAUUAACAUUCCUUGCGAUUGAACAUCAUAUUUACGGGAUUUUUUUUUAGACAUUUCCGUUGAAGCAAAAAAUUGUGGAUUGUGAGUGCCCACGAAGGAUACACCUCAUGCAUCCUCCGAAUUCCCGUAAAAGAAGGUCGCAUUCGAAGGCUGCAUUCGAAGUGUCCUACUCACUUUUGUGAAAUGAGACAGCCUCCGGAGGAUGCAUCCUUCCAAACGAGACACAGCCAUAUGUUCCUUCACUUAUGAGUUUAACAAUCAGUGUUGACCUCUUACAGAUCAGGGACGCCGCACCCCUCUUCACAGUUUUUGGCAUUACAGAUGCGGGUGACUGUCUGAUUCUUAAGGAAUGGCAUUUUUCUGGCCUUGCAUACUAACAUGUGUCCUAGACACAGGGUUGGGAGGGUUACUUUUGAAAUGUAUUCCACUACAGAUUACAGAAUACAUGCUGUAAAAUGUAAUUUGUAACAUAUUUCGUUAGAUUACUCAAGGUCAGUAACGUAUUCUAAACACUUUGGAUUACUUCUUCAGCACUGGUAGAUUUUUUUUCACUUGUUUUGACUAUAAAAACUCUGCCAGUACAGUAAGACAAAAUACACGUGUUAAAAAUACAUUCUCUGAAAAACCUAAAUAUCUUAUGCAGUGUUGUUUCUAAAACAAGAUAAAUCAAACUGAUCUUGUUUUAAGGAUUUUUUGAUAUUUUUACAGGAAAACAAUACAAAAAUUAUCAUCAAGAAUAUGAUUUUUGCCCUAAUAUCGAAGGUCUUACUAGAAAAAAAGAAAUUAUGAUCCAACGUGAAUUUUCUUGAUAAAAAAACAUGAUCGUUCCUGGUAACAUGCGCAUGUAAAAUGGCUAGAAAUAGCAUUUUAGCUUAGUGUAAAGCUGACAAUUUACACAAGGUUUAUUUCUAUUUCUUCUGUUCCAAACUUACUUCAAACUUACUUCUCUGUCUGCUCGUAUGAAUGUCACACAUCAUAAGAAAGUGUUUCACCGCUGUUCAAAUGCACUGUUUCGCAUCAUUUAUAUGUAUAAAUGUUUUCCAUCUGAAAGGACUAAAUAUUAAAUGAAACAAAUGACAAUAAAAUGCAAAGUAAUCUCUUCA